CAGUGGUGGAGGAAGGGUGUGCGCACUGCAUCCUUCGCCGCCGCAGUGGACACCUGUCAGGAUCCGUCGAGAAACAUAGCGUUCUGAAAUAUUGAAAGCACACCCCUGGCUACCGAUUUCCGAGUCUUUGAUAGUUGAUUACUACUACGCAGGAAGGAUUAUUACUAAGGCGCCGAGUGUGCGAGAGAGGGAGUGUGGACGUGUGGGAAUAGCAAUGACGUGAGGAGACGGAGAAAAACAGUACAAAUAGAGACAGUAUUUUAAGAAAGGGAAUAAGGUGACACUGCUACUACUGAUAAGGAAACUAAACAAAGGAAAAGAGACGAAACUAUUAAUAUAGACACUGUGAAGGAAGAAAACAACAGAAACACUACCAUUAAUGCUACUGAUGAUGAGGACAAUGAAGGACACUAUGAGGAAAAGACGAAGGAUGACUUUUUACUAAUAGCAGCAGUGUAGAUAAAAGGAAAAAGACUAAGAUGACAACACUUAAUAAUAAGAGAGAUUGAGUGAAUAAAGGACAAGACAAGUAUAGGUCUCUUGCUGAAAACAAAAGGCAAUUUAGUUCAAAGAGAAGAAAAAAAGGCUGAAGAUAAAAGAAAAGGUGAAAAGAGGAAAGGAAAGGUGAAAGCAGGAAUAAGUAAGAGAAAAAUCGAAUGAAGAGAAGAAAUGGAAUGCAAGGCGAAAGAAAGGAGAAUAACAUAUAAUAAAUAAACAAGGUGUGUAAGUCAACAGAAAACAGACAGAUAAAGCAAAAUAUUAUAACAGCAAAAGUUGACGAGAACAAUAACAACAACAACAACAACAACAACAAUAACAACAAUCUUGAAGCCACAUACGAAACCACACACAAAAAAAAAAACUCUGGAAAACCAAAAAAACAAUCACAAAUACUUGAAAAAAUAAAGGAAAGAUAAAAAAACCCAUCCACAAAAGACAAAAUAAGAGAGAAAGAAAAAAAUAUAAAGAAAACGACGAACCAACGGCAAAAGAGAAAACGAAGACGACAGAAGAUUACCUCACCACGGCGUCGCCACACACGCACAGGAGGACCCCGCGGAACACCUGUCCUGCGGUCCCUGAGCAGCGCGGGGACCACCACCACCACCACCACCACCACCACCAUGGCCCCGACACUGUGGCACGCCUUCCUCUGGCUCCUACUGGUGGCGCUGCAGGGACCGACUGGAGGUGAACCCCAUCCCCCGCCCACCACCGCGCCCACGCCCUCGCACUGCCGCGGCUGCCCUUACUUCCUCAACACGCCCACGCACAUCGUAACAGCGGUGGGCGCCGACGUGAACCUGACCUGCGGAGUGAGGAUGCUGGGCGAUAGACAGGUAUCAUGGAUCAGGAAGCGGGACCUGCACGUGCUCACCACCAACACUUUCACGUACACCACGGAGUCAAGGUUCAACGCAGUGCACGUAAACAACUCCCCGUACUGGGUGUUGAGCGUCACGCAGGCUGAACUCAACGACUCGGGUGUGUACGAGUGUCAGGUCGCGGCACAGCCCAAGAUAUACAAGCAGUUCCAGCUGGAUGUCGUGGUGCCCAAGGCCACCAUCCUGGGCUCCAGAGCCGUGUUCAUGAAGGCUGGCAGUGACCUGAACGUGACCUGCAGAAUCACGGGAGCCACGGAACAAGCCGCGCCCGUGACCUGGUAUCACACCAACCCAACCACCCGAAGCAGCAACAACGUAGUGCAGGAGCUGAAUUCUGGGAACCGCGGGGGUGUGCAGCUAGUGACGGACAGACGGGCGGGCACCAGCUGGCUCUUGGUGACUCAGGCGACGUGGAGGGACGCUGGGAACUACACGUGUGCGCCGGACCACGCCACUCCAGCCUCCGUGGUGGUGCAUGUGUUAGACGAGGAGUCCCCGGCAGCCAUGCAACCACACCUUCAGGCUGGCAGCUCCCCUUCCCCUUCCCCAUCAUCCACCUCGUCGUCCUCGUCCUCCGCGCCCUCAUCAGUUCAAGUCCUCACCCUCGGCCUGGCGUGCUUAUUAAGACUUUACCUGGCCUCCAUACAGACCCGGGGCAGGUGUGAGGCAGCGGGUUUGUCUCCAAAUACAGGAGCUGUGGUUAUUUGAGACUUGGCUUAACGCAGAUGGGGGUAUUGUCGCAUUGAUUGUGUGAGUUUUACCUUUCCUAUGUGGCCAGUGGUGCUAGUGGUGGGGAUAGCGACGUUAGUGGUGUUUCUGGUGUUGGAAAUGGUGGUGGUGGUGAUUAUACUGGUGUGGAAAAGGUAUGAUGUUGUUCUUAAUACAGUGACUAGUGGUGUUUCAAGGAUGGUGAUGUACGGGUUGUGAUGGUUAUAUAGUGUUUGUGGUGUUGAUUGAUGGUGGUGGGAAUGAUGGCACGGUGUAUUUGUAGUUUAUGUUAAUGGUGAUGAUGGUUGUGAUGAUGAUGAUGAUGAUGAUGAUGAUGAUGAUGAUGAUGAUGAUGAUGAUGAUGAUGAUGGUGGUGGUGACACGGGUGAGAAUUACAAGGACAACGACAACGAACAGCUUAAGGAAUCGAGCUAAUAAUAAUGAUGGAAAUGAUAAGAUGAGAAUUGUGAGAAAAAGAACAGUGGUAAAGACAAUGAUGAUAAUGAUGAUGAUGAUUAUUAUGAUGAUGAUGAUGAAGAUGAAAGGAAACUUUGAAAAGACAUUACACAAACACGGAAUAAAAGAAUGGAAAAUAAGAAAGAAAAAGAGAAAUAGAAGAGAAAGAAAACAAAAACAGUAAAACAAAGAUACUAUAUUAUGCAAAUGAAUACGAAUGAACGAAACAAAUGAAAAGACAACGUACGAAAUCAAGUGACGUUCAUAAUUAACUCCUGCUGUGAUUAUUUUCGUAUCUAUUUCGUAUUUUUUUUUGUUACUGUUUUUUUUUCUUCUUUUAACCUGUUUUCAUUCUCACCUACGUACUGAUUACCAUUCCUCCAAGCGGCAGGUGCAAGCAGUGUCCGCCGCGUGUCCGAACUGGUGCUAAAAACAAAAAAAAACUUACUGGUUCAAAACACUGUGAACAAAACGUGACUGUAAACUGAACGUAACCAAAUCAGGAAUCUUUUUUUCCGGAGAGAGAGAGAAAAAGAGGAAAAAAAAAAAAGAGAAGUGAACGAAAGUAAAAAUACCAAUGCAGUUUUACGCAACGUCCGAAACACUGUGUUCUAUUGAUAAUGACAAUGGUGAUAAUGAUAGUAAUAAUAAUAAUAAUAAUAAUAAUAAUAAUAAUAAUAAUAAUAAUAAUAAUAAUAAUACAACCUCGUGAAUCAUAUGACAAGUGAAACUCAUAUAUAAGAAAGAAAGGAAAAGAAUACCGAGAGAAAAUGGUUUUAGUUAUUAUUUUCACUCAUAUUAUUCCCUGUGAGAGGAAAGAGAAAAAUAAUCAUAAAAGCUAUAAUAGUCAUAUCCAAUCUCUCUCUAUGGCAUCCACGCGUCCAUUACGGGAAAGAGGAAACAAAGGAGAAAAGGAAAUAAACAUGUACAGAGUGAUACAGAGGGAGACCAAGAGUGAGAGAAACAGAACAUACAAAAAAAUAUAUAUAUCUGAGUUUGAUCAAAUUAUUCUUUUUCUUUAAUGUUUCAUGUAUGUAAUUCUCAAAUGAUAACGCUCUUGAUUUCUUUCUUUUUCUUUCCUCUGUCUUUCUGUCUGUUACCUUCUUUCUCUCUCUCUCUCUCUCUCUCUCUCUCUCUCUCUCUCUCUCUCUCUCUCUCUCUGCUUCCUCUCCUUCAUAUUCCUGUAAUGCUUCCUAAUUGCGUUAACAUGCAAGGAAAACAACAUUGCUAAUUACUGCCAAUAUUCCACCUCACAUGUUUAUUAUUAUUAUUAUUAUUAUUAUUAUUAUUAUUAUUAUUAUUAUUAUUAUUAUUAUUAUUAUUAUUACUAUUAUUAUUAUCAUCAU